UAACUGUUUCUCUGUGUGUGAUGAGUGAGUGUGUGUGUGUGCGUGCAUGUUUGUGGUGGUUGCAAUAGAUUUGUUUGUGCGUAGAAAGGAAAGCGUAAAUUGUUGCAACGAAAAUUGGACAUAGACACCAUAGAAGCGUUUGCAAACUCCCAAAGAACAUUCGCCCACGAAGCCCACGCAUCAGCAUGGACAUCAUGGACAUACAGGCUGUCGAAUCCAAGCUGAGUGACGUCACAGUGACACCAAUACCACGCUCGCAAGUGCAAAACUUUUACAACUACCAGCAGCAGCGUGAACAGCGCGAGCAGCAGCCCCAAAUCCAAAUAUCUGCCAUCCAUCAUUCGCGUGGCAACACAAGCAAUAGCGUCUCGGCCGGCAGCUCUGGCAACAACAGCAUGGGCGGCAUGGGUGCCACGGACUACUCCACCAGCAGCGGUAGCGGCAACGCCAAUAGCAAUAAGCGCGACCGUUCCGCCGAUUACAGCACAUCCAGCAAACAGAAUUCGGCGGCAGCCAAUGCUGCUGCGGCAGCCGCCGUUGCCGCCUUGCAAUAUUCACCGCAGUUCCUGCAGGCGCAACUGGCUAUGCUGCAACAACAAUCCAACACUACGGCCACGCCGGCAGCUGCUGCUGCAGCGGCCCUCUCGCUUGCGAAUAUUGCGGCAGCCACCAACGGGGCACGCAACUCCGGCAACAGCAAUGGUAAUAAUCAGGGUCUGAAUCUAACGCAGUCACAGCUUAAGUACCCGCCCCCGUCCACAUCGCCGGUGGUGGUGACCACCCAGACAUCAGCAAACAUAACCACACCCCUCACAUCCACAGCCAACCUGCCGACGGUGGGCAGCCUGAGCACCGGCAAUGGCCUGACCAAAUACGCCCAGCUAUUGGCCGUCAUCGAGGAGAUGGGCCGCGACAUAAGGCCCACAUACACAGGUUCGCGCAGCUCCACUGAGCGGCUGAAGCGCGGCAUUGUCCAUGCCCGCAUUUUGGUGCGUGAAUGCCUGAUGGAGACGGAGCGGGCGGCGCGUCAAUGAGAAGAGGAGUGCAGUGGCGAAUUGACGCCACAGCUCCUGUCGCCGGGGGGUAUCUAGGAUAAGUUUUAAGCAAAUUGGGUUUGCCUUUUGUUUAAUUGAUCGGUGUGUUUGUAUGUAUAUCUCAGUCGAAUAAUCCAAAAUGAACGUGAA